GACUCGGUGGAAAAAAAAAAUACUCGCAGUCCAAAUCAUAUAGUCAGAGAAGCAGGAGUCAGGAGAGGAAACUUUGCUUUUGAAGGUUUUGUGUGUGCAACUUUUUUUGUUUUUAUUCAGAACACUCAGAUUUUUCUUCUUUUUUUUUGGAUUACCUGGAGGAGAUUUUAAAAAAGAAGGUUGGAUUGGAUUUUCUCGCAGCUCACGCGCGCAGUUUCCGGAUCUUUACUGUUCCAGUGGAUUUUUUUUACACUAAUCCUCUUGUAUUUUUCCUCUAGAGACCUGUUACUUUUUGACCGAUCCAGCGUUUUUUUCCUUCACAGGAUGAAAAUAGACACAUAAGGUUGAAGCGUCUGUGUUUGCCCGAAGGAGUCGAGCGCCGCAGCUCGAGUUCAACGCGGCCACUUCCUGAUGAUGACAGUAAACAUGGAUGACGGUCUUCACAAUGGGCCCGGACAACACAGGAACAUGCAAGAUGGUCACUCUAUCGCUCGGCAGUCAAGGAUACCAAACAAAUAGUACAGCUGAACGACCACCGCUGCCAGUAAAUCAGUCAAUGACAUCGCGCACAUGAUGAGGAGGCUCUUAACUCUAUCAUGAAGGACCUGGCUGCCCUGCGCUGCUGUUACCAGCUCAACAGCGGCACCAGCCACAAACCCAAAAGCAGGACCCCAAGCUACAGACAGGAUUUGCGCGUGAAGCUGGAGCAUGAGCGAGAAAAACGGAUCAUUCCCUUCCAAAGACCGCUGAAGUUCAGAGAACUUCUGCAGAAAGUGACCGAGGCCUUUGGUCAGCACAUGGACCUUUACUGCCCUGACAGAGAGACGCUGGUAGCUCUAAAGUGUCAGGAGGAUUUGGACCGAGCCGUGUCAAGUUUGAGCUCCAGUUCAGGAACAAAGGGUGUGCUGAGAGUUGUGCUGAAAACUUCUACUAACAACCACUUCCUGCAGGUGAACAGCAGAGAUAAGCAGAGUGAGAUGAAGUCGUCUCGGUCUCUGGGAGACCUGAAAGGUUCUUUGCUCAAAGGAUCCGAAAGAGUGCGCAAACACUCCACAGGCUCUCUGCACACGGGGAGGCGUUCUCCACCGCCUGGCAGCGUGCCCGAGGAGCAGCAGCAGAUUGCGCGCCAGGGCUCCUACACCAGCAUCCACAGCGAGGGAGAGUUCAUCCCCGAGACGCCAGAUCCCAACGUCAUGGACCCUUUCGGUAGUGCCGACGGUUCCCUCUCUAGCAGCUGCCAGUCCCUGGACCAAGCUCUGGACAGUCCUCCGUUCUCCCAGAACAACCGCGACAACAAUUACCUGAACCUCAACUACGACUAUAAAGGCCGACACGGGAAGCACGGGACUUUCCCACGGCAGUUCCACUUAACCAACCGCAGCAAGGACUACGGUGACGGUCGUAGCACAUUCCCACGCAGCUUCAUGCCGCAGGAGAACCUGUUCCAGCUGGUGCCGUCGAGCCGCACACGCAGCUACAACGGAGACAGCACACUGCCAUACACCGGAGACCUGCACUCGCUCGGCUGGAGCGAUAAAAGUGGCCAGCGCAGUAGUGCUAAAUCUCCGCGGGCGCCCGUGAACUGGCGUCAAGGGAAGCUGCUGGGCCGCGGAGCCUUUGGCGAGGUUUACCUCUGCUAUGACGCCGACACGGGCCGAGAGCUUGCCGUUAAACAGGUGCCCUUUGACCCCGAUUGUCAGGAGACCAGCAAGGAAGUGAACGCGCUCGAAUGCGAGAUCCAGCUCCUGAAGAACCUCCGUCACGAGCGGAUCGUCCAGUAUUACGGCUGCCUGCGCGACCCCGACCAGAGGAAGCUCUCCAUCUUUGUGGAGUUCAUGCCAGGGGGCUCAAUAAAAGAUCAGCUGAAGGCAUACGGCGCUCUGACAGAGAAUGUGACGCGCAGAUACACCAGACAGAUCCUGCAGGGAGUCUUCUACCUCCAUAGCAACAUGAUCGUCCACCGAGAUAUCAAAGGUGCUAACAUUCUGAGGGACUCCUCCGGAAACGUGAAGCUGGGAGACUUUGGCGCCAGCAAACGCAUUCAGACCAUCUGCAUGUCAGGCACAGGCAUUAAAUCAGUCACUGGCACCCCCUACUGGAUGAGUCCUGAAGUGAUCAACGGAGAGGGUUACGGCCGCAAAGCCGACGUCUGGAGUGUAGCUUGCACGGUGGUGGAGAUGCUCACCCAGAAGCCGCCGUGGGCCGAAUACGAAGCGAUGGCGGCCAUCUUUAAAAUCGCCACCCAGCCCACAAAGCCCAACCUGCCCGAGGGCGUAUCGGACGCGUGCCGGGAUUUCCUACGGCAGGUCUUCGUGGAGGAGAAAUGGCGUCCCACUGCAGAGGUGCUGCUCAGUCACCCGUUCGUCCAGGGCAGCUUCUGAUUCGCUCCGGAGACUGAAAUGCCCGGAGACGCCCCCUGUGCCAGUCCACUCCUGCCCACUAAUGAUCACCACUCUGCCUUGGACCGGGGGAACCCGGCGCCCGUGUUCCAGCUCACUCAGAACAAAGCAGACUCCUCAGCAAGGGCUGUGUAUCUCAGACACUCCCACUGUACACACACACACACACACACACAGAACACACAUAGCACUAAGAAGCUGUUGUUUACAAUGCCAUUCAAACACAAAUAGUGACGUGUCUAAUUGGCAUUGCACGAAUAAUAAAGUAGACAAAGGGAAGGUUUAGGAUUGGCUUGGAUUAGAUUUAUUUUUCUUUUCAGCCAAGCUAAUUGGGUUUUAUCCGCCAUGUAAGAAUGAGGUUUGUGAGGACCGCUGGUCUGUUACUGAUUCAUUAGCGAUAGUGGCUAGAAGGUUGUGAGGUUGUGAGAGAGCCACGACUGGACUCUUAACCCUCAGCUUGCUCAGCUCUAUGCUUGGAUUGGAUUAAUAACUGGUGAAGUUCUCUAGCCAUCUGUUGCGUAUAUGUGAUUACAAACUCGGACGUAAACCCUAUUCAGAUUGGAUUACUUUUACAUGGGGAUAAUAUAAUUAAUAUCAGGGUAUGACCGGUAGAAAUAACACAUCUUGGCCCAGAAUAUAAAAAAGAAACUCCUGCGAAUAUUGCAGAGUUUCCUUGAUUUUGCGUUCAUUUCUGCGAACGCAAAAUCCUGGAGGGACUGUCUAAUAAUCACACGCGUUACUCCUGGCCACGCCCCCUACAACAAGACCUAAUGAUGAUAGUCAGAGCAAUCAGCUUGUAUUAAAAUGAUGCGUAUGUAGCACACUUGACAAUCAUGCGUGCAUCUUUGAUUUAUCCCAUGCGAAUCGGUCCUAACUGCCACAAUCUAUAUAUAUACAGACUAUAUACAGACCGAUUAUCCGGGUUAAUACGUGCGUUUACGGAAAACGAAUCCCGUCUGCAUAGAACGUCAGACACGUUUCCCUGUACUGGGAAUUGAGAAAAAAAAAAACCCUGUUUACUCCGAACUCUUAUUAAAGGAAGCCUAAGCAAGGUUGUUGAUUUCCACAAAUAUGCGUUUAAAAUAUGAACCAUACCGUCAGAUCCAUAAUUAUUGGCACCCCUUGGUAAAGAUAGGUGAAAACCGUUACGAAAAAAAUGAACCGUCUUUGUCGUUAAUUAACUCGUCUCGCACCGCAAACGCGAGUCAAUUGAUUCCGAGAAAACAAAAAAAAAACCCGUCUCGCAAUGUAUUCGAGCUCAUUUGAAUUGUUUGCACACCUUGAAAUUCUGAACAUCGCGAACAUAAUGUCAUUUCAGCGUGCUCCCGUUUAUAUUCCCGUGGUGUAGAGCGGCACAGUAAGAAGCACUUCCAGAUUAUUCGCAUAACUGUAAAUUAUUCUGUCUGUAAAAGUACUCACAUGGUAGUAAGGACAAAAUAUAUACAUUUAGAGCUUAAAUUUAGUUUAACUCCUUUGACCGGAGUGUUUCCGAGUGUUUAUAAGUGAGUUCUGAGUAAACAGUUGUUCUGGUGGGGAUUUUUUUUUUAUUUUAUUUAUUUUUUUCUCAGUACAAGGUAACAUGUUGUUUGAGGUAAUAACACACACACACACACACACACUCUACAGUGGUAAUACAUACAUAGAAAUUACAUUGAAAAAUAACGGAGUUCUACUUUAAACACAUGGCGCAAAUAUUCAAGAUUAAGAUGUCGGGUUUGCAGAUCGUCAACCAUCGUGAAUAAGAGUUCGUUUUAAGGCUCUCAGCCAAUAAAUAUGGCUUGGUAGGUAGAAAUGCAACAGAA